AUGGUGGGCGGGGGUUUAGGGUUUGGGGGAUGCAGCAUAAGGACUGACACGCAGCGAGCUGCUGCUGCUGCUGCUGCUGCUGCUGCUCCAUUUGAGACGGAGCAGCAGCAGCAGCAGGAGCUGCAGCAGCUGCAGCAAACCAUCAAACAGCUUCAAGGCGCAAUCAGCGAACACAAGCGCAGAAGAGAGGAGCUGGCUACAAAUGAAAAGCACCUGGAGAGGCAGCGCGCUGAGGCCGAGUCGGCCAUUGAGCUGCUGCAGCAAGACAUAGCAGCAGCUCAGCUUCAGAGGCGGGAGGCGGAGUUGCGCUCAAAAAGAGCCUCGCAGGAGGAAUUAACGAAAGCAGAAGCAAACAAACUGAAGCAACUCAAGGCAGAGGUCUCGUCUCACAGCGCUUCGCAAGCAGCAAUUCAUAAACAAGUGCAGCAGCAAGAAGCAAAAGUUAAUGAACUGAUGCAGCAGCUGCAGCAAGCUGGAGGAGAAGAAAUGAGAAAGAGAAAGGCCAGGCUGCUCAAGGCGGAAAGAGGCGAGCCUAGGGAAAGGACAGAGGAGCUGCAGCAGUCUCUUGCUGCUCUCGAGGAAGAAGCAAGAAAAGUUGUUGAGAAGCUAGAGGAGGCAAAGACGCAGCGAGAGCUGCUGCAGCAGCAGCAGCAGCAGCUGCAAAAGCAGCAGCAGCAACUUGAGGAGACACUCAAGGAAACGUCUCUUGCGUCUCUAGAAACGCAGCACCUGUACGACUCCUUGAAGCAGCAGCUGCAGCAGCAGCAGCAGCAGGAGCAGCAGCAGCAGCGGCAGUUUUCUGCUGCUUUGGAGUGCCUCAUGGAAAUCGACGCCACCAUACAGGCAGAAGAGGAGGAGCCCAGCGAGUCCGAGCAGCAGCAGCAGCAGCAGCAGCAGCAGCAGCAGCAGCAGCAGCAGCAGCAGGAGCCAGUUUUGGCCCUGACAGAUGGCUCUGUCGACCCCGAGUCCGAGCAGCAGGAGGAGCAGCAAGAGCAGCAGCAGCAGCAGCAGCAGCAGCAGCAGCAGCAGCAAGAGGAGUUGGGGCCAGGUGCUGCUGCUUUGCUGCAGCGGCUGCAGAUUGACUUGAGCGAAAGCAGCCUGCAGCAGUACAGCGCUGAGGCGAUAAGCAAGCUGCAGCAGCAGCAGCAGCAGCAGCAGCAGCAGCAGCAGGGGCUGCUGCAUGCGCUGCUGCUGUUCUCGCAAAAGCGCCAGGAGCUGCUGGCCAAGGAAAAGGAGACACGAGCAGCAGCAGCAGCAAGAGAUGCAGCAAAGACGCAGCUAGAAAGCCUCAGGGCCAAACGGAAAGAAGAAUUCAUGGCAGCUUUUUCUAUCAUUGCCACCAAACUCAAAGAAACAUACAGGAUGCUGAGCCAAGGCGGAGACGCAGAGCUGGAGCUGGUCGAUCCCAGCGACCCUUUCACUGAGGGAGUUUUGCUGUCGCCUCAGCAGCCCCACCAGCAGCAGCCCCACCCGCAGCAGCAGCAGCAUGAGGAGGAACGUGUGCUUGCUGCUGCUGCUGCUGCUGCUGCUGCUGCUGCUGCUGCUGCUGCUGCUGCUGCUGCUGCUGCUGCUGCUGCUGCUGCUGCUGCAGGGGGUGAGCGGACUUUGUCUUCGUUGUCGCUGGUGUUCGCGCUGCACCAGUUCAAGCCGACUUGGAUUUAUUUUUUGGACGAAAUCGACGCAGCUUUGGACUUCAAAAAUGCUGCUGUUGCUGCUGCCUUUUUGCUGCACAAAGCAGCAGACGCGCAGCUCAUUGUUGUUUCUCUCCGCAACCAACUCUUCGAACUCGCCAGCAGACUCAUUGGCAUUUACAAAACGUUCGACGCAACAAAGUCUGUCACGCUGGACCCGGGGAAGCUAGCAGCAGCAGCAGCAGCAGCAGCAGCAGCAGCAAAUGGAGAGCAAAGCAGAAAAAGGAGAAAUGAAUCAAAUCAGGACCAAAAAGAAAACUUAAAAGAAAUUGCAGAUGAGCAGGAGGUGCAGCAGCACGCGUCGCAGCAGCUCCUCGCGCUUCCUGCUGCAGCAGCAGCUGCUGCUGCUGCUCCUGCUGCUGCGCCGCUGCUGCUGCAGUAG